GAAAGACCAUAUCGAUUUUCAUUUUAUUCUAAUGCAUUACCAUCCACAAUUCAUGCAAGAAGUUUAGGAGAGAUACCAGCCGAAGGUGAAACGUUUGAAGAUUUGUUUGUUGGUCCUAAUACUUGGUGGUUAGAUGUUCUUAGUCCUACAGAUGAUGAGAUGAAAUUACUUAGUAAAGUUUUCGGAAUUCAUCCCCUUACAACUGAAGAUAUUCAAAUGGAAGAGACUAGAGAAAAGAUUGAACUUUUUAGGAAUUAUUACUUAGUUUGUUUUAGAUCAUUUGAUCAAGAUCCUUAUAGUCCUACUUAUUUAGAACCACUUAACAUGUACAUCAUUGUUUUCCGUGAAGGAACCCUUUCAUUUCAUUUUAGAGGUACACCUCAUCCACAAAACGUCAGAAGACGUAUUAAACAAUUAAAAGAUUAUAUAAAUGUUACAUCUGAUUGGAUUUCAUAUGCAUUGAUUGAUGAUAUUACUGAUGCAUUUGGUCCUUUGAUUCAAUCGAUUGAGUAUGAAGUAGAUAGUAUAGAUGAAUUGGUGUUAAUUUUGAAAGAUGCAGAACAAAGUGAUAUGUUAAGAAGGAUUGGUACUUGUAGAAAGAAAGUGAUGGGGUUAUUAAGAUUAAUGGGAAACAAAGCAGAUGUUGUAAAAGGUUUAGCUAAAAGAUGUAACGAGAAUUGGUCGGUGGCACCUAAAUCAGAUAUAGGUUUAUAUUUAUCUGAUAUUCAAGACCAUUUAGUUACUAUGACUCAAAAUUUGAAUCAUUAUGAGAAAAUCCUUUCUAGGUCUCAUUCAAAUUAUUUGGCACAAAUUUCAAUUGAAAUGACAGAUGCUAAUAAUCAAAUUAAUGAUGUUUUGAGUAAAUUGACUGCACUUGGAUCAAUUUUAAUUCCGAUGAAUUUGAUCACUGGUCUCUGGGGUAUGAAUGUACAUGUACCAGGACAAGAUGUUGCAGAAGGUUAUGCUUGGUUCUUAUCUAUUGUUUGUGGUUUGGUUUCGUUUGGUGUGGUUGGGGCUUGGUUAACAUUAAGGUAUUUUAAGUUUUCUAAAGGUUAAGUAGAAAAAGACAAAGAAACGCAUUUUCAAGUGGUUUUGAUAUGAAACAAGAAUUUGAGGAAUUCAAGAUAAGAAAAACAAUUUAUUCUCCUCUAUUAGGUUUUUUAUGAUACAUUUUGAUAUAUAUAUAUAUAUAUAUAUAUAUAUUUGGUUUAAUUUUGAUUCAAUUGAAUUUUGAAAAUCUGUUGUAGUUUUUUUUUGUAUAAAUUGAUUGGAAUAGUUUUGAAAAUUAAUUUUUAUGAUUUAUCCAAAAGAAAGUUGGGUUUUAUUAAUUUAUUUUUUUCUAGUUCUAAUCUAUAUAUUGAAUUUAGAUUACAAAAAAAUUAAUGUUAGUUUACACUUUAUUUUUCAUUUCUUCAUAUAUCUUUUCUCCUUUGUAUAGAGGUUUUUUUUGUUUCUUUAUUAAGACUUAGAUUAACUUUGUAUUAGUUUCAACUCUUUUAGGAUUUAUAGUACAAUACUCAAUCAUCUUUUUCUUAAGCAAAAAGAAACAAUACAUUUGGUUUAAUCGGUGUU